AGUUUCCGGAAUUUACUGCUCUAGUCGGAAGAUAUGCAGAACUACCGUGUAAUGUUAGUCGACCUGGUUCGGAUGACGCGGUUUCCCUUGUUCUCUGGUACAGAGCAGAUGUUAACGCACCGAUCUAUAGUGUUGACGCUAGAAAUGGAAAACUAAUGGCUGCCAAACAUUUUUCUUCGGAAAUUCUUGGCAACAGAGCAUUAUUUGACCUACGAACCCAACCUGCCAUUAUGCGAAUAGAACCAGUGGAAGAGAAAGAUGCAGGAGAAUAUAGGUGCCGUGUGGACUACCGCUGGGCAAGAACAAUGAACAGUGCAGUUACGUUAUCUGUGAAAGUUCCCCCAAAGGAAAUAUCGAUCUUCAGUGUCAACGGAGAUUCUCUUAAGAAAAUUGUAGGUCCAUUGGACGAAGGAUCUGAGCUCAAGCUUCUCUGUGAAGUCAAGGGUGGUAAACCAACACCUUCAGUAACCUGGUGGAAAAAUGGGAAACUAAUAAAUGAUGAUUACACAGAACCGUCGCCUGGUGUCGUCCACAAUGUAUUAUCUAUUUCUAGUCUUGACAGAGACGAUCUGUUGAGCAUGCUCAGUUGUGUUGCAAAUAAUUCAAACAUUACUAGCCCUCUUAACACCACCAUCGUCGUAGACUUAUAUUUGAAGCCGGUAGACGUACGAAUAACUUCUUUCAGACACCCUCUGUCAGCUGGUAUAGAAGUAAAGGUCAUCUGUGAAUCGAGUGGGUCCCGACCACCUGCACAAAUCACGUGGAGGAAAGAUAACCAUCCAAUAUCAGGCAGCAUACAAGUAUACUCUAUAAACCAAAGUAUUGCAAUCAGUGAAUUGAUGCUACUUCCAGCUAGAGAAGACAACGGAAAGACAUUAACUUGCAUGUCGAACAAUCCAAAAAUUCCAGAAAGCAACAUAGAAGACAAAUGGAAACUAACAGUUUUUU